AUGGAUAGACGAAUGGAUGAGUUGGCGGAUCUCAUGAAGGGCGCUGAUAUAGUUCGGAUGAACGACUCCAAUCCUGCAGAUAUCAUUCGAGCCUUGACUGGACAGCAAAGAGCAUCGAGGAGCGCUGGAAGCCAGAUCCCUCAUAUUGAUGGUCAUCAUUCACCAUCUGCCAUUGAUCCCGUUUCUCUGGAACACAUCGGGGUUGCGCAGUUGGAGAAAGGCCGCAGAAGCACUGGAAAGGUCAUCUAUCUGCGUAUUCUUUCUCAGCGAGACACAGAAUUAGGUACAGUCUUCGCUGCUGAAGACCACGCUGGUGCAGAAGUUCAUGUGUGGUCUCUCAUUUUCCGUCCUCUUGGAGUUGAGCAGAUACCAAGAGGCACCAUAAUCGCCAUUCGAGAACCUUACUUUGGCCGCGAUCCUUUGGAAUCUCGAUCAAUAUGCUUACAUCACCCGACCGACUGCCUCUACGUCUCACGACGGGAUUCAAUAACGGAGCGGCUCUUCGAGACCCGCUUCCUGCCCGAGGAUACCGAUUUUAUCAAGUUUGCCGAUUUAGCAAUGAUCAAAGGUAACUUUCUCGAAGCUCUGAAUCUCUACGAUUGCCAUCUUGAGAAUAUAUAUCAACGUGGUCUCUAUCAGGUCAAGGAAAAGAAUGGUCUCCUGAUCAAACGCGCCUUCUGCUAUGAUCGUGCCGGCGGCCGUGAUGCGGCUCUUACGGAUUGCGUCGCGAUUCUUGCCACCGACCCUACGCACAAGCAAGCAUUGAAACUCGGAUAUGCCAAAGCUCUUGCUGGAGACUUGCCAUCUCAGGCUCUCGAGCUUGCGGAGCGCUUGGUCCAGAUUCAGCCAGACAAUUUACCGUUUCAACACUUGGUGUCGAAAGCCAAGGUGAAAGCUCAAGAAAGUCUGGGUGUAUUCGACUUUGGCUUGCACAUACGCCAACUAGGGCUUCACGGUACCUCUGCGGACAUGAGCGAUUUUAGUGGGUCUCUUGAGAUCAAGCUGAGCUCACUAGGUGGGCGUGGUGUAUUCGCCAGUAAGGACAUGGAGGCCGGCGAGCUGGUAUUAUGUGAGAAGUCAAUGGCUGUCGGUACUUCAAAUAAGAGUUCUGCUUUCGCACGCGGUCUGCAGGACAUUUUAGCGGGAGAGGCUUCGAGUCAACGACAUUUAUCACUGCUACAAGACAUCUGCGCCAAGGCUUUGGUCGACCUAUUCAUCAAUUCGUCUGAGGAUUUGCGCAACAAGCUGUUCUCACUAUAUGCCGGAGUUGACUUUCCAUACGAUGCAUCACCGUCAAAUCUGCCGCGGCCGCAGGCUAUCGACACUUAUCGAGCACUGUCUAUCAUCAAGCACAACUGUCACACAAUUCUUCCUGGAAGCAUGUCUAUGCACCACGACACUGCUGACCUUGCAAAUCAAUAUCCACGAGAUGAGUCGCUUCCUUCCACCAAGGACUUUUACGCUGGUCUCUGGUAUACGGGUGCCAUGUUCAAUCACUCCUGCCUACCAAAUUGUAACUGGUCUUGGAUUGGCGACAUGUUCAUCGUCAGAGCGAAUCGAGUCAUUACCAUGGGAGAAGAGCUCACGCUUGCUUACAUUCCCAGCUCCAACGACUCCGAAAAACGCAGAAACACGCUCAGAUCUCAAUACGGCUUCGAAUGCGGUUGCCGAAUCUGUCAAGCGGACGCAACCAUCACGGCGGAAGGAAAGGCCGCCAGAACCAAAAUCUCCGAACUUCUAAACAAGAAGUUUCCAAACGUCGUGAAACUCAAUGGCAAAAUUUCCGGCACAGCCAUCACCAACCUUGAGAAACACGCCAAGAACCUGGCCCAGAGCUACUCAUCACCAGCAUACACCAACCUCCCACACCUCCUCCUCGCAGAUACCUACUACCAACUCGCGCACGUCCACCUAGGCCAUAUUUCCCAAUGGUCCUCAACCUCUUCCGCCUCAAAACUCAAAGCCUACGAAUGUUUCGCUUCCUCCCUCGAAAUGGGCCUCAAUAUCAAACUCCUCUUCGGCCCGAACUCAGCAUAUUGUCAGCUCCAUCUCACGGAAAACAGUCUAACGAGAUCUGUGGGCAUUUUGGCAUUGAUGGGUUUGGCUGAGCUGAAAUUCCUUCAAGGACAGGUGCGGGCCUGUAGAGCGCUUAAGGCUUGUGCGAAGCAGGUCUAUGGGAUCGUGUAUGGUGAGAGCGAGACGUUUGGGGAGAGGCAUAGGAGUUAUAAGUGUUGGAACCAACUUGCGGAAGUGGGAGAGAAGCCGAGGGAUUGGGAGGUGUUGAAAGAGAAGAUACUUGCGGAGGAGAGAGAGGGGCCGGAGAGGAACGAGAUUUCUAGUCCUCUCUCAGAGAUUGAUACUUAUCCCAGGACUGAUGUUCGAUUCUUCGCGAUGCUCGGCUAUUUCUUUACUUCCAGGCGACUCAGUCAAGUAUCUGAAGUCAGUAGGUAA